AUGGAAUCCGUCGUUGGGACCGUUUCCUCCUCCGCCGCCUGGGUUGUGGGCGUGGGCAUUGCCCUCGCCGACGCCACAUUCUCCUGGAUCUCGUCGUGGAUUCCGGUUUUGUUGGUUUUCGACAUCUUCGGGACCUCCUGGCUGGUGUGCCAUACUUUGGUCAAUCACCACCUCAUCCCCGCCGCCCGCGAAGUUCCCUUCUGGAUCCUCCGCCCGUCCUCAGACCUCGCCACCGCCUCUGCCCUCUUGGGUGUUUACGUCUUCGUCCUCUUCCACACUGCCGGCUGCCUGGUGUCCCUUUGGUGGUAUUCGUACCGUAUACUCCGACGAGGGUACCGGAUCCCGAAAGGGGCAGUCACCCGCCGAAAGAUGAUUAUGCAGACCCUGGCCGACGCCGACGAUUCCCGGUACUGGUUCGACCUGGGGUUCCGACCCAACCUCUGCCUCCGCUGCUCCCGUAACGCCGACCUGGAAGGUGGGGAGGGCCCUGGGUCGAUACUGGACCGGAUGUACCACGGCACGACGAACAAGGGGGUGGACUUGGGGUGCAUCGCGCUCUUUGACCACUAUUGCUGGUGGCUUUGGUGCCCGGUCUCCUUGGAGACUCAGAAGCCAUACCUACUCUUUAUGGGUUGGGUUGUGGUCUUCCACCUUUACUCUUUGGGGAUUCUCUGCUUCUCACUGGCGUCCUUUGGAACCAGGUGGUCGCUGUCCCCAGUUGUCGUGGCUGCCGGAGCCCUUCCCUUCGUUUUUCUCUGGGUGAAGAAGGCGCCAUUCCGGGGUCAAUGGGUUAACCAGGGACUUCGGAACCAAACGCACAAAGAGACGACGGCGUAUAUCCGGAACCUCCCCCAGCAGGCAUGGCCGAUGGGGAUUGCCGGGCCUAACGGCUUGGAGCAUGUGACGGUUGGAUUUAACCCGUGGGAUCUCGGCGCAAUGGGAAACCUGCGCGCGGUGCUAGGCGACAGCAUCUGGGAGUGGCCUUUCUUCUGGCGUACCCCUCGCAGGGUGCGGGAAUUCGGUGUUCACCCCGAUUGGGAUCUCCCUUUCGGACCUCGGUGGGACCAAUUCAUGGAGGAUCGUGCUCUGGUUGUACCAGUUGGGGGUCUACCGGAUGGCAUUAGCCUCACUCCUCUCCCUCCCGCCCUCCGUAACGACAUUUCGCGGCGCCGACGCAUUUGGAGUUCGGAGGAUUAG